AUGAGCCCAACACAAGACGCCAGUCCCAAAGACUCUUCAUGGAUGAACAUGUCGCCCUCACUGCAGUGUGGUACGGGCCAGUUGAAGUUCAGAGUGGUGGGAUCAGGAAUUUCACAAUUUGCGGUAGAACAAGGAAAUGCACCUCCAAUGCCUCUGUCCCAGGUCCCGUCUACCUGUGGCUACAGCAUGCAGAGGAACUCAUAUGCACUUGUCAUGUUGGUUCCCUAUGAUGGCUGCAACAUGGUUCAAGAGAUGCCUCAAUACCCUCCGAUGCCUCAAUACCCUCCGAUGCCUCAAUACCCUCCGAUGCCUCAAUACCCUCCGAUGCCUCAAUACCCUCCGAUGCCUCAAUACCCUCCGAUGCCUCAAUACCCUCCGAUGCCUCAAUACCAUGAGAUGCCUCAAUACCAUGAGAUGCCUCAAAACCCUAAGAUGCCUGAGGCAACGACCACACGGCCUACAACUGCAAAGGCGACUCAAAUUCCUAAAAUUCCUGCACUGCCUCUGAUUCCUCAAUACACUCAGAUGCCUCAAUACGCUCUGAUGCCUCAAUACCAUCUGAUGCGUCAAUACCCUAAUAUGCCGGAGACAACAACAGCAACGACCACACGGACUACAACUGCAAAGGCGACUCAAAUUCCUAAAAUUCCUGCACUGCCUCAGAUGCCUCAAUACGCUCAUAUGCCUCAAUACCAUCUGAUGCGUCAAUACCCUAAGAUGCCGGAGACAACAACAGCAACGACCACACGGACUACAACUGCAAAGGCGACUCAAAUUCCUAAAAUUCCUGCACUGCCUCAGAUGCCUCAAUACGCUCAUAUGCCUCAAUACCAUCUGAUGCGUCAAUACCCUAAGAUGCCGGAGACAACAACAGCAAUGACCACACGGCCUACAACUGCAAAGAUGCCUCAAAACCCCCAGAUGCCUCAAUUCCCUCAGAUGCCUCAAAACCCUCAGAUGCCUCAAAACCCCCAGAUGCCUCAAAACCCCCAGAUGCCUCAAAACCCCCAGAUGCCUCAAAACCCCCAGCCCCAGAUGCCUCAAGACCCCCAGAUGCCUCAAGACCCCCAGAUGCCUCAAAACCCUCAAUACCCUCAGAUGCCUCAAAACCCUCAGAUGCCUCAAGACCCUCAGAUGCCUCAAGACCCUCAGAUGCCUCAAGACCCUCAGAUGCCUCAAUACCCUCAGAUGCCUCAAAACCCUCAAUACCCUCAGAUGCCUCAAAACCCUCAAUACCCUCAGAUGCCUCAAAACCCUCUGACGCCUCAAAACCCUCAAAUGCCUCAAUACGCUCUGAUGCCUCAAUACCAUCUGAUGCGUCAAUACCCUAAGAUGCCGGAGACAACAACAGCAACGACCCACACGGACUACAACUGCAAAAGGCUGGAUGAGCCCAACACAAGACGCCAGUCCCAAAGACUCGUCAUGGAUGAGCAUGUCGCCCUCACUGCAGUGUGGUACGGGCCAGUUGAAGUUCAGAGUGGCUGGAUGAGCCCAACACAAGACGCCAGUCCCAAAGACUCGUCAUGGAUGAGCAUGUCGCCCUCACUGCAGUGUGGUACGGGCCAGUUGAAGUUCAGAGUGGUGGGAUCAGGAAUUUCACAAUUUGCGGUAGAACAAGGAAAUGCACCUCCAAUGCCUCUGUCCCAGGUCCCGUCUACCUGUGGCUACAGCAUGCAGAGGAACUCAUAUGCACUUGUCAUGUUGGUUCCCUAUGAUGGCUGCAACAUGGUUCAAGAGAUGCCUCAAGACCCCCAGAUGCCUCAAGACCCCCAGAUGCCUCAAAACCCCCAGAUGCCUCAAGACCCCCAGAUGCCUCAAGACCCCCAGAUGCCUCAAGACCCCCAGAUGCCUCAAGACCCCCAGAUGCCUCAAGACCCCCAGAUGCCUCAAGACCCCCAGAUGCCUCAAAACCCCCAGAUGCCUCAAAACCCCCAAUACCCUCACCCCCAGAUGCCUCAAAACCCCCAGAUGCCUCAAUUCCCCCAGAUGCCUCAAUUCCCCCAGAUGCCUCAAUUCCCCCAGAUGCCUCAAUUCCCCCAGAUGCCUCAAUUCCCCCAGAUGCCUCAAUUCCCCCAGAUGCCUCAAGACCCUCAG